CGUGGCUAAGGCAAUGUUGCCUCCCCUUGACGUGCGUCUGCAAGAGAAGUCAAAACGGCAGCUGCUGAGAUUUUCUUCUUCUUGCAAUUUGCGCACUUUUCCACAAUGACCGAGGCAGACCUGUACAUGGUGUACAAAGGGGUAUUGCUCCCCACUCUUAUACACCCUCCGCAGAGUUUAAAGCGGUUCGAGACAUUCACGUUCCGUCCAGAUGACGUUGUCAUUGUGACGUACCCCAAGUCAGGUACAACUUGGAUGCAAGAAAUCAUCCCCCUGAUCAUGAGCGGUGGAGAUCCUGCUUCAGUGGAGACCCUGCACAACUGGGAUCGUGUACCCUGGCUGGAGGAGGCUCGCACUUGCAGCCUCAAUCUUGAUGACAGGCCAUCACCACGCAUGUUCACCACCCAUUUCCUUCCCCAUAUGAUGCCACCAUCCUUCUUUCAAGUUAAGCCCAAGGUCAUUUAUGUCAUGAGGAACCCCAAAGAUGUAUUCACAUCAUCCUUCCAUUAUUGUUCCAUGGCCUCCUUCCUGGUUGACCCUGGACCACAGAGCGAGUUUCUCCAAAAGUUCCUCAAAGGGGAAGUUAUAUUUGGCUCAUGGUUCGAUCACGUAAAGAGCUGGCUUGAAUAUAAAGAGCGAAUAUUUUACAUCUGCUAUGAAGAAAUGAUAAAGGAUCUUAAAGACUCUGUGGCCAGACUCGCUCUGUUCCUGGAGAAAACCUUGGACGAUGAUGUGAUUGAAAAGAUAGCAGAGCGAUGUGUGUUCAAGAACAUGAAAAAGAAUAACAUGUCCAACUACUCUGCAGUUCCCAAUGAAAUCAUGGACACCACAAAGUCACAAUUUCUCAGGAAAGGAAUAGCUGGAGAUUGGAAAAACCAACUGACAGCAGUGGAAGUGGAAAACUUCGAUGCUGUUUACAGAGAGAGCAUGAAAAAUGUUGAUUAUGAAUUUGCGUGGGAUUAAAGGAACCAUUUUAAUUAAAGCUCAUUUACAGACAAGCACUUGAACAAGAGAUGGCUUGAACAUGAUCAGCUCAUAAAAUGUUAAAUAUGUUCAGUUAUUAAAAUAAAGAGGCAAAAAAGUC